AUGGCGGACGAUGUCUCAGCGGAUAAGACCCCAGGGUUCAAGGUGGGGGAGAAAAAGACGCUGGAGGAGUACCAAAAACUCGACCAGGAAGAUGAAGCAAUGAACAGGUGGAAAGCAUCUCUCGGACUUGGCGGUGGCAGCUCCAUCUCGGACCCCAACGACCCUCGCUCGUGCAUCAUCAAAUCCCUUGCUUUGGAAGUCGAAGGUCGACCAGAUAUAACUAUUGAUCUCUCAGAGCCUGGCGCCCUCGAAACGCUGAAGAACAAGCCAUUCACCAUCAAGGAAGGUUGCAAAUAUCAGAUGAAGGCGGUUUUUGUCGUCCAGCACCAGGUUCUCUCCGGUCUCAAAUACAUCCAAUCUCUCAAGCGAAAGGGCAUUCCUCUAGGCAAAGACCAGGAAAUGAUCGGCAGCUAUCCUCCCAACACCACGGACAAGCCGACUUACACCAAGAAAUUCGCACCGGAAGAGGCGCCAUCUGGCAUGAUGGCUCGUGGCCAUUACGAUGCCGUGUCUCGCUUCGUCGAUGAUGAUGAUGUGACCCAUCUCAAAUUCGAGUGGUCUUUUGAUAUCGCCAAGGACUGGAAAUGA